CCGCUAGCUGGAGAAGUAACGUUAACUUAACAGAAUGCUCCAGUUUGUUAGCUAGCGGUGUUAGCAAACAACCGUCUUCUGCUGCUACAUUGCUGCAAUUAAUAGGGCCUACUGGAGUACCCGGCUAGUUAAAUCAGCGGAUACUGACUUUAUACUUUACAUGGAUCCAUGGAACUGUUGUCUUAGGGUUGCGUCGUAGUUGACAACUGGCUUGAUUUUAUGGAUUAAUGCCGGCGUUAAGUGGACAACUAUAGCUUGCCUUUUGCUGUAGUUAACGUUAACUGUCGAAAAUACGCUAGCGUGACUAACGUUUGUUACGUCGCAGGAGAGCAUUCUGACUUGGAGGAAGGAAGGAAGGGAGGAAAUUGAUAAGUAGGAACACGGCGCACCACUGCUUAUGCAAAGCUAGCAUACUUUUUGGACUCCCGAGUUCACACAGUGUGGCGCAUUUAGAAAAGGUGAUUAUCUGUGCACCCUGUGUGACAUUUAACACAAUUUGGUUAAUAAGAUGUGCUGUUAGUUGGCAUAGCUAGCUGUCAACAACAGUCCUCUUUGCUAGCUGCACAGCAGACAAGAGCUACCACGCUAGCCACAAAACUUCUAAAGAAGUUGUGUAAGUCACAUUCAGCAAUCUUACUGACUUAGGUUAACUAGCAAACCGGCGUUUUAAACGUUUCAUUGUCGGACUCUUUCACUCUGAUCCGCUAUAGCACCAGGGCGACAGGAAAAACUUAUGGCAUCGGAUGUGAUUGGGAGUGAAGCGGUGCUGAAGGGUGUAAGCGAUAUGAAUUUGAACAAUAGCAGCCCAGAUUUUGUCACACCUAGAAGGACGCAUGAGGACCUGGGAAACAGACAAACUUCUAGUCCCUCGUCUUCUGGAGUGUCGGCAGAAGGUGACGAGGAGGAAUUAGACGAAUUACAAAGUAGCACAGCUUCUACAGUUGAAAAUGGCGAAGAGGCACUUCGAGACAGUCUAACCAAAACAAGAGGUACGCCACAGGAAAGGACAGCUCCAGACAAUGAGCAGAAACAGCCCGGAGCAAGUAGCUCUACCCCAGUGAGCCUUCCCCAGCCACGCUCACCACCUGGACCUAUCGGAAGCCUGGAGCGCCAAGAGUCAGUCGCCACAACAGAGGCCCGCCUAAGAAUGGAAGGAGUUGAACUGAAGGAAGAGUGGCAGGACGAGGACUUUCCACGGCCCCUACCGGAGGAAGAGGAGCUUGAAGAUGAGCUUUUUGCAGGAACCUCUGAAGAGGGAGACCCUGGCUAUACAAUGAACCAUGGCAAAAAGGCAAAGAAGAAGCUUGCAGCUCCGGACAUCAGUCUUACACUCGACCGCAGUGAAGGUUCUCUUCUCUCUGAUGAGCUGGAUGAGAGUACAGAGCUGGACCUUGAUGGCAUAGACACACCUUCAGACAACAGCAAUGAGUUUGAAUGGGAAGAUGAUCUCCCCAAGCCGAAAACCACAGAACUACUACAGAAGGGUGUGGAGUCAGUCCAGGAGUACUCGGCCUCGGAGGAGAGGGAGGAGGGUCGACGCUGGAGGGUGUUUCGAAUCGGAGACCAGGAACACAGAGUGGACAUGAAGGCCAUCGAACCUUACAAGAGAGUUAUCAGCCAUGGAGGUUACUAUGGAGACGGUUUGAAUGCCAUAAUUGUGUUUGCUGUGUGCUUUAUGCCUGAGAGCAAUCAACCUAAUUACAGAUACAUCAUGGACAAUUUAUUCAAGUAUGUCAUUGGCACACUGGAGCUUUUGGUUGCUGAGAACUAUAUGAUUGUGUAUUUGAAUGGUGCGACCUCUCGGAAAAAGAUGCCAACUGUCGGCUGGCUCAGAAAGUGUUAUCAGCAGAUUGAUAGGAGGUUAAGGAAGAACUUGAAGUCUUUGAUAAUUGUCCAUCCCUCUUGGUUUAUUCGCACCCUGCUGGCACUCACAAAACCUUUCAUAAGCUCCAAAUUUAGUCAGAAAAUCAAGUAUGUGUACAGCUUGACAGACCUUGCAGAACUGGUUCCAAUGGAGUAUGUGUCCAUACCAGAUUGUAUCAAACAAAUCGACCAGGACAUGCACGGCAAAGUGGAGAUCGGAGCUGCUGCCGUUUCAGAGUGACCCUGUUCGCACUGCAAGAGGAGGAGAACGAUGAAGAUUGUUUCGAACCGCCGCCACUGUUAUGUUUAUGUUCUGGGCAGCGUGACUGGAGAGAGCUCUUUGCAUCAGGAAAGUGCCUUUUAGAAACUAUGCUGCCUGUUACAUUGUGGAACUUUUUACAGCUUGAUCUCAGUGUAUUUCCACAUGCUGUCUGAAACAUUUUUACUCUUUAUUUACUGCCGGUAUAUCAUGUCAAACUUAGCUUAUUGAUGUUCCCUAGUUACUGUUGUAUCUACACGUUAUUUAAGGCACUCUGUUACAAAUGGUUGAUGCAUGUUCUGCUUUAUUACAUUUAAAUAUAUAUAUUUAUAUUCAAAAGGUGACAAUGGAGAGAAAUUAAUAUAUUUUUAUGGUUGCUCUGAUUUUAAACUACAUUUUAGGUCUCUGACCCAUUGAGUGGCAUUUCAUAGAACAGAUUUUGACAGCACCUUUUUCACUAUUCACUGCUGACAUCUCUGUUAAAAUCCUGCCUGGGGAAAAUAAAGUUUGAUUUUUUGCCCCUCACUUGAAUGUGCCCUCUGACUUGCAGAGGGAGAACAUUGUGAGAGCAACAUUCUGAAGCAAAGAUGUAACAUUUCCUCCAAGUAAAGUCCUGGAUCCACA